GCCAGUUAGUUGUCUGCCAUGAAAUAUGGCCAGCGAUUUAAAUUAAUAAAGCCCCGAAAAUGUUGUUUAUGGAAAGCUAUUUGUGCUAUUGCUCUGUGCGUCUUGGCGUUAUGAGUGUCGGUGUUCUGAGCAUUAUCUUUUCGAUAACGCUCAGCACCGUCUUCUUUGUGCGCGGCGCACAUCUGUUCGAUCAACUUAUCGACCUGCUCGAAAAUGACUCACAGUAUAAAUCGAGCAAUACUGUACGAAAACUCAUUCUCCACAAAUGGCUGUUGCUGCCGUUGGCCUUCAUGGAGCUCGUCUAUUUCCUGGGCAUCACAAUCAGUCACAUUGUCCUGAUGAUUGUGCUGAAGAAGCAGAUCAACCUGGGCCUCCUCAUCGUGCUCACCCUGGUGGGCAGUUUCUACUGUCUGUUUGCUGGCUAUAAUUGCGUGACGUGCAUCGCCCUGUUCCAAAUCAUAAAUCUGGUGCGAAGCAACAAAUAUCGUCAGCUCUACGGCGAGGAUCCGUUUAAUCCGCUGGUCACGAAGCGGCCACGCGGCGAGGUGCAGCAGCUGCGCGUGCUGGGCACACCCGAGGACACCGACAUCGAUGAGCAGAAGCGAUUGGCCAAGCUGGGCCUCUGGCCGCGUCGCCAUCCGCAGGUCAUUUCCGUCAUUCCGAUGCAGACGCCAGCCGUCAAUCUGAAAUGGUGGCAGCAGCAGGCCCUCGACAGGGAUGACAAGCUCCACGACUCGGCUGUCUAUCGUAACUGGCAGCGCGAUGAGCUGUUGCGGGGCGUGGGCGGCGAGGUGGAGCGCAAAAAUGAAUUGAAUCGACGCUACGCAGAGGUGCAACAUUUCCAAUGGCGCUAGGAGAGCCUUAGGUGAUGGGGUCCAUUGCAACUUAUCUAAAAUUGGAUUGGUGAUGCGACUAUGUUAUUCUUGUUU